UCCCUGGUCCACACUGCUGUGAGUUCGCACGUUAAAAACAGAGGGUGAAAUCCCCCCCCAGCCCACGGAGACAGAAACACCGAAAUAAACGGCACGGAUUAACGGAUGAGAUUGACAGCUGAAGCGCGUUUGGGAGAAUUUGUAACAUUGAACAGGUUUUGACGCCGCGCUGUUAUAAACAAACCCCGGUUGAUUUUGCAGACAGAGACACGGAGGUAUUAUCUACCCCCUCCCUUUGACUCGUUACUAUUCCUGCAACAUUACCUCAACUUUCCUGUCGGGUUUAUUUGGGAUACUACUACCUGAACCGUUUUGGAUUUAAGAACCUCCUAAUUAGGCUACUGUCCUCGGCUGUGUUUCCGCUCCUGGGUUUGGACUAACGUUUUGGAUUAUUUCUGCUGCUGUGGUGAACACUUGUAUCCUUCAAGGAUCUCUCAAGAGUGAUUUUGAAGGUGCACCGACCGGUAGGUUACGAGUGGUUACUUAACCAGACGGGCCUCGUCUCUCCUCUACACCGCUCACGGCAUCAGGUGGCCGGCCACUGCAGAGAGAGAGAGAGUGGUCUAACGCACAGCUCCGCUCUGCCUCGGAGGAAAACGCAGACUCGUCAUUGUGUGUGUGUGUGUGUGUGUGUUCGAGUGAUAGAGAGAAAGGGAGAGUGAGAGGAAGGGAGAAAAGAGGGAUUGAGUGUGUGUGCGUGCGUGCGAGGUGUUGCUUGGACAGACGCAGUGGAAACGUUCCCGUUUUCUUCUCUACUCCCUCACACACACACACACGCAGUCUCGGAGAGCUAUUUCACCGACAACACACACACGGAGUGUGAUUCUAAGCACGGGGCUCUUCCCGGUGUUAAACGGACGUCUGAAGGGAAAUCAAUAGCUCAGCCACGUUGACCUGCACGAGAUCACGAUUUCUUCGCUCUGCGCGUGCUGUGAAUGAAUAAUACAACAGCCAAUCACUCACCCACCUCGCGCUGUGUCUAAUCUCACCUGGUGUGUGUGUGAGAGGGAGAGUGUGUGUGUGUACGCCAAAGGUUCACGAGGAGGUGUUUCUUGGGUUUACCGUGUACACAUCGCUUCACACGGAGGGGAUUACCGCACUGCAUGCCGCGGCCAUGUGGUAUAACUUUGUGCCGCUCUAGCGCCAGUUGUCCGUCUACCAGCCUGCAGCCCUGCCUCACUCUCUUUCCGCCCGGCCGCUGUCAUCCAGACCUGCGGGUUUCUUCUGACGUGUGAUUUUUAUAUACUACAAUAAAACCGCAACAACGAGGAGGAGCACAACACACAAAAUAAACAAACAGAAAGAGAGAAAGAGUUGGAAUCCUCCUCGUGGGAUUUUACCUCCUCCUGUGGAUUUUACAACCCUUCGGUGACUCCUCGGCUCCUCUCCUUGGUAGGCUACCAAACCAGUCCACUGCAGUGAUAAUGCCACUAAGGUCGAGCCUCCUUGCUCCGGCCUCAGCUCUGGGUCUGUGUCGCUGUCUCCUGGCUGUCCUGGUGGUCCUGGGACUGUCCAGACGGGCAGAGGGCCAGCCAUGCCCGGCGCAGUGCUCCUGUUCCGGCUCUACUGUGGACUGUCACGGCCAGGGUCUCCGCAGCGUUCCCAGGAAUAUACCACGCAAUGCAGAGAGACUGGAUCUGAACGCUAAUAAUCUGACGAAAAUCACCAAGGCCGAUUUCGCUGGACUGAGGAAUCUGCGUGUGCUUCAGUUGAUGGAGAAUAAGAUCAGUCUGAUAGAGAGAGGAGCCUUCCAGGACCUGAAGGAGCUCGAGAGACUGCGUCUGAACCGGAACAGUCUCCAGGUUUUUCCAGAGCUUUUGUUCCUGGGAACACUGAAACUCUACAGACUUGAUCUCAGUGAGAACCAGAUUCAAGGGGUUCCCAGGAAAGCCUUCAGGGGAGCCGUAGAAAUAAAGAACCUCCAGCUGGAUUAUAACCAGAUCAGCUGUAUAGAGGACUCCGUUCAGAGCCCUACCUCAGACCUGGAAGUACUAACUCUGAACAACAACAAUAUAAGUCGUCUGUCGGUGGCCAGUUUCAACCACAUGCCCAAACUGAGAACCUUUCGUCUCCACUCCAACAACCUGUUGUGCGACUGUCACGUGGCCUGGUUGUCAGAGUGGUUGAGACAGCGUCCCCGUCUGGGUCUCUACACACAGUGCAUGUCUCCUCCUACCAUGAGGGGACACAACGUGGCUGAGGUCCAGAAGAAAGAGUUCGUAUGCACAGGCCACCAGUCCUCCCCCUCCUGCAGUGUUCUCCAGUGUCCGGACUCCUGUACCUGCAGUAACAACAUAGUGGACUGUAGAGGAAAGAGCCUUACUGAGAUACCUGGCAACCUGCCUGAGACCAUCACAGAGAUUCGGUUGGAACAGAAUUCUAUCAAAGCUAUUCCUGCUGGAGCCUUCUCUCCUUACAAGAAGCUACGCAGAAUAGAUCUCAGUAAUAACCAGAUAUCAGAACUGGCACCAGAUGCUUUCCAAGGCCUGAGAUCUCUCAACUCUCUGGUGCUCUACGGGAAUAAGAUCACGGAAAUCUCCAAGGGAUUGUUGGAGGGACUGUUUUCUCUUCAGCUACUGCUGUUGAAUGCUAAUAAGAUAGCGUGUCUGCGUGUCGAUGCCUUCCAAGACCUCCACAACCUCAACUUGCUCUCCCUAUACGACAACAAACUACAGACCAUCGCUAAGGGAACCUUUGCUUCACUACGAGCCAUACAGACCCUCCACCUGGCCCAGAACCCGUUUAUCUGUGACUGCCAUCUGAAGUGGCUGGCAGACUACCUCCAGGACAACCCGAUUGAGACCAGCGGAGCUCGCUGUACCUCCCCCCGUCGCCUCGCCAACAAACGCAUCGGACAGAUCAAGAGCAAGAAGUUCCGCUGUUCAGGUACGGAGGACUACCGCAGUAAACUGGGAGGAGACUGUUUUGCCGACCUGGCCUGUCCUGAAAAGUGUCGAUGCGAAGGGACCACGGUUGACUGUUCCAACCAGAAGCUGACCAAGAUACCUGAACACAUCCCUCAGUACACACAGGAACUUCGUCUGAACAACAAUGAGUUUUCAGUGCUGGAGGCGACCGGAUUCUUUAAGAGGCUGCCUCAGCUCAAGAAGAUUAACCUCAGUAACAACCGUAUCAGUGACAUAGAGGAGGGGACAUUUGAAGGAGCGACGGGAGUCAAUGAGUUGAUCCUGACUUCUAACAGACUGGAAAACAUCCACCAGGGCAUGUUACAGGGUCUCAACGGACUACGCACACUUAUGUUGAGGAGUAAUCGUAUUAGGUGUGUUAGUAACAGCAGCUUUGUGGGUCUGAGUUCUGUCAGACUGCUGUCACUCUACGACAACCUGAUCACCUCUAUGACCCCGGGAGCCUUCGACACACUACACGCGCUGUCCACACUUAACCUGCUGGCCAAUCCCUUCAACUGUAACUGCCACCUGGCAUGGCUUGGUGAUUGGCUGAGGAGGAAGCGUAUCGUCACGGGCAACCCCCGCUGUCAGAACCCUUACUUCCUGAAAGAGAUCCCUAUACAGGAUGUAGCCGCACAGGACUUCACCUGCGACGACGGUAAUGAUGAGAACAGUUGUAGUCCAGUGUUGAGGUGUCCUGCCGAAUGCAGCUGUCUGGAUACAGUGGUCCGCUGUAGUAACAAGGGCCUCAGCACCCUGCCUAAAGGACUGCCCAAGGACACCACAGAACUGUAUCUGGAUGGUAACCAGCUCACACAAGUUCCAGUGGAACUCUCAAAUUACAAGCACUUAACACUCAUUGAUCUGAGUAACAACCAGAUCAGCACGUUGUCCAACUACAGCCUGAGUAACAUGACAGAACUACUGACACUAAUCCUGAGCUACAACCGUUUGAGAUGCGUACCAGUCAGGGCCUUCGAUGGACUCAAGUCUCUACGGUUACUGUCUCUCCAUGGAAACGACAUAUCUGUGAUACCGGAGGGAGCUUUCAAAGACCUGGCCUCGCUCUCUCACCUGGCUCUGGGGGCCAACCCCCUGUAUUGUGACUGUAGGAUGCAGUGGUUGUCUGACUGGGUGAAGAGUGGGUAUAGGGAACCGGGUAUCGCCCGCUGUGCCGGUCCUGGAGACAUGACCGACAAACUACUGCUGACCACACCAUCCAAGAAGUUCACCUGCACAGGUCCUCUAGAUGUGAGCAUCCAGGCGAAGUGUGACCCGUGUCUCUCCAACCCCUGUCACAACGACGGUACCUGCUCCAACCACCCCGUCACCUUCUACCGCUGUAGCUGCCCCUACGGAUUCAAGGGUCAGGACUGCGAGGAACCUCUCCAUGCCUGUAUCGGUAACCCCUGUCAGAACGCUGGUACCUGCCAUCUGAAAGAAGGGGAACGCAGUAACUCCUGGUGUGUGUGUGCGGAGGGUUUCGAGGGGGAUGUGUGUGAGAUCAACGUUGACGACUGUGAAGACAACGACUGUGAGAACAACUCAACCUGCAUCGACGGAGUCAACAACUACACCUGCAUGUGUGGCCUGGAGUACACAGGUGAGCUGUGUGAGGAGAAAUUAGAUUUCUGUGCUCCAGAGUUGAACCCCUGCCAGCACGACUCCAAAUGUAUCCUGACCCUUCAGGGGUACAAGUGUGAGUGUACCCCAGGCUACGUGGGGGAUCAGUGUGAGCUGGACUAUGAUGACUGUGAGGAGAACAAGUGUCAGAACGGAGCUCAGUGUAUUGAUGCGGUCAACGGAUACACCUGUGUCUGUCCUGAGGGAUACAGCGGUCUGUUCUGUGAGUUCUCUCCUCCCAUGGUUCUGCCGCGCACCAGUCCCUGUGACGACCACGAGUGUAUGAACGGAGCGCAGUGCGUUGUCGUGGAGACGGACCCCCGCUGUCAGUGUCUCCAUGGUUACGAGGGCGAGUGGUGCGAGACGCUAGCCAGUGUCAACUUCGUCAACCGACGGUCUUACCUGCAGCUGCCCUCUAGUCUAAUCACACCUGAGACAAACAUCACACUACAGAUUGCUACAGAUGAGGACAGUGGUGUGUUGCUGUAUAAAGGAGACAAGGACCACAUUACCAUAGAGUUGUAUAGAGGACGUCUCCGUGUCAACUACCACACUGGAACACACCCUGCCUCUGCUAUAUACAGUGUGGAGACGGUAAAUGAUGGUGUGUUCCAUGUGGUAGAGUUGGUGGCAUCAGAUCAGACUGUGUCUCUGUCUAUUGAUGGUGGACCAGUCAAGUCUAUCAACUCUCUGAGUAAACAGUCAACACUCAGCAGCGAUUCUCCUCUAUACCUGGGAGGUAUGCCAGAUCGUUGGUCAGUCUCUGCAGCGCUGCAGUCUGGAGUUGGGGGGCAGAACGGGACCAGCUUCCAUGGCUGUCUCAGGAACCUCUACAUCAAUGGACAGCUGCAGGAUCUCGGGGGCCAGGACUUGGAGACUGGCGUUGAGGCGGGAUGCCAGCCAUGCCAGGCAGGGGUGUGCGGCCAGGGUGAGUGCCACCCAACCGGUCAGAGAGAUUUCUCCUGUACCUGCCGCCCUGGGUGGACCGGAGACCAUUGUCAGGACCAGGUCAACAACCCCUGUGAUGGGAACAAGUGUAUCCAUGGUUCAUGUCUUCCUAUCAAUUCCUACUCCUACUCCUGUCGCUGCCAGCUAGGAUUCCUCGGGGUGCUGUGUGACGAGGCAGACCAGGAAGUGCUGGACCCCUGUCAGCUGACCAGAUGUAAACAUGGGAAAUGUAGGCUGUCUGGCCUGGGCAAGGCCUACUGUCAAUGUAACCCAGGAUACACGGGGGACGCCUGCGACAGAGAGGUGGUCUGUCGAGGGGAACGGCUCCGAGCUGUCUACCAGCUCCAGAGGGGCUAUUCGGCGUGUGAAACCCAGGAGAAGGUCUCCCGUCUAGAGUGCCGCGGCUCCUGUCCGGGGGGCUGAGGGGGCGGGAGCGGCUGCUGCUCCCCUUUACGUUCCAAACGCAGGAAAUACACCUUCCACUGCACCGACGGCUCCUCCUUCGUACAGGAAGUGGAGAAGGUGGUGAAGUGCGGCUGUACAAAGUGUCCUCCCUCGUAAAACGUCCCCCCUUUACCCUGGGAUGAAAGGUUCCGCCUCCUGUCUUUCUCUGGAAGGAAACCUCAUCCCUCUCUCCUCCUCAGACCUCAUCCCUCUCUCCUCCUCAGACCUCAUCCCUCUCUCCUCCUCAGGCCUCAUCCCUCUCUCCUCCUCAGACCUCAUCCCUCUCUCCUCAUCAGAACUCAUCCCUCUCUCCUCAUCCGACCUCAUCCCUCUCUCCUCCCCCUCCGACUUCAUCCCCUUCCCUCUCUCCUCCUCCUCCUCCGACCUUAUCCCCCUCUCCUCCUCAUCAGACCUCAUCCCUCUCUCAUCAUCAGACCUCAUCCCUCUCUCCUCCCCCUCCGACUUCAUCCCCUUCCCUCUCUCCUCCUCCUCCGACCUUAUCCCCCUCUCCUCCUCAUCAGACCUCAUCCCUCUCUCCUCAUCCGACCUCAUCCCUCUAUCCUCAUCAGACCUCAUCCCUCUCUCCUCCUCCGACCUCAUCCCCCAACCUCA